AUGUCUUCAAAACCAAAGGCCAGCGUUUCAAAAUUGUCAAUCCCUAAGAGACACUCCCAAGGAUCAAGGUCACAACAAUCCUUUCAAAGUUCCUCUUCAGCCCAGGAGUUUGUGGAUAUCCCAGCCAAGACACAUGAUGAUGACUUCUCACACGACAAAUUUUCCAUCUCUCCUGGAAUUAAUGGAUCGUGUCACUUUGAUAGCCUUGGUAACUGGGCCAUCAGCGACGCCAUGUUGACUUGUGCUGAUAUUAGUGCCGCCAGCGAAGCAACUGAUGAAUCAUUUGACACACAGUCACUAUCAACGACUGAUUAUGAUAUGCAAGAAUCCCGGAUGUUGACAUUCGCCCCAUAUUCCCAGCCUAUCUUCGCAGGAUCCACAGACCAUUCUACAUUCUCGGAACUCAACCCAAUUCAGGAUGUGACUUCCAGCUGCGAAAGCCCGCAGAUGGCAUUUAGGAAUUCUCAUGGAUUCCAGACUGUAUCCAAUGUUAUGGGAUUUUCUAUUAAGAAUGAAUCAAGCCGUAUUUCCGGUGACAAUGGAUGUGAUAAUGAAAAGGACCAGAUGGAAUUUGACCCGGCCCACCAGGGAAUGAAAAACUCCGACUCUCUGGCAGCUCCCAGCCCAUGGUGCCAGACGGCAAUGAAUGAUGAUACUUCUACUGGAAAUGUAGUCCACAUGUCAAAUCUGUACACUCAGAUACCAGCUACUCCCCCACUCACUGAAGCCAGCCAGGACAUACCCGUUACUUCAGCAUGUUCCCCCUCAAACUUUUCGCCAUACACCGGACAUGAUGAUUCUCCCUUUGUUGAUGCUUCCUAUCUGUCGGGCCAGAACUUCACUAUGAAUGCCUUCUACCCUCUCAGCCCACCACUUAGUGCGCGAGACUAUAACAGGCCAUCUAAGCCAGCCAAAAGAUCUAGUCUAUCCACUGAAGCUACCGGUGAUAUGUCGGAGGUUUCCGAUGGUGACAUGUUUUCCACUUCAGUUCUAAGCCCUAGAGCCAAGGAUGGUGCAGAAACCAGGAACCCAAGGGAUCAUCCAUUCUAUUCUCUCCCACCAGAGACAGAUGGGAAGUACUACUGCCCAUUUGCAUCUAGAGAUAAGCCCUGUUCGCACGCUCCAACGACUCAAAAGUGUGCUUAUCAUAAAUAUCUGGAUUCACAUCUUAAGCCGUACAGGUGCAAGGUCCCACAAUGUGUUGAUGCUCAUUUCUCCUCCAAUGCUUGUCUAUUCCGCCAUGAAAGGGAAGCUCAUGGUAUGCAUGGCCAUGGCGAAAACCCUCACCUCUGCCAUUUCCCUGCAUGUGAACGCUCAAUUCCUGGAAAUGGCUUCCCUCGCCGUUGGAACCUACAUGAUCAUAUGAGGCGUGUCCAUGACUACACCUCAUCUGAUAAGGCCAGUUCUCCAGAAGGAUCUCCAGUUACCGGAAACUCUGGGAAAAAGAAGGAGUCCGCAGUCCGCAAGAGGAAGGGUGGCUCAUCCAACAGCCAGACCAUGAAACGGGUUCGGCCAGUUCAAUCUCAAACUGCCGCGGCUCUCAAGCUCGCCCAAGCACACAGCGGCCAGCAGCUCCAAAACGCGGAGAGAAGUUAUUAUGCCUGCCUUGCUCAGUUGCAAGAGGAACUCAAGGAUAUCAACCCCCAGGACCCUACUCUCCAUGAAAAAGCCAAUGCCCGACUGCAGGAACUUCAUACCCUUAGCCUCAAUUACCGUUAUAUCCGAGCUGGCCAGCUUGCUAACGAGAGAGCUUCCAAAUCAUCAUGA